AAGCUCAGAGGAGUCACUUGAUAAGAGGUCGAGCAAACCAAGUGGUGGAGAUUCCCUCUGCAUUGGUUAAAGGAUGACAAUCUGCUGCAGCUAGAAGAGACUUUAAGGAAGGGCAACAUAUCUAAACGAGCAGCAUUCAGAGGACAUCUGUGUGUUUUCCAGACAACACAACAAUGUGGGCAUCUCUGCCAGCUAGGCUCUUCUUGUUCCUCUCUGUUUUAUUCCUCUAUGGAUGCAAGUGCGCUUCUGGUUUCGCCUGUCCGAGGAUCUGCCGCUGUUUCUACAACACAAUCCGGUGUAACAAUGUGACAGAGAUGUCAGCUCAGACGACCGACCACAGAGACAAAAGACUGUUGUUCUAUCACUUGACUUUGCACACUAUUUCAAGCCAUUCUUUUGAGGGUUUGAAAGGAGUCCAGAGGAUUGAGAUUACUCAGAGUAUAACCCUGGAAACCAUUGAGGCUUUAGCGUUUAAUAACCUUUCCAACCUCUCUGAAAUCUCAAUCCAGAACACCAGGAGUCUGAUGCGCAUUGGCAGAAGGACAUUUAACAACCUCCCCAAACUACAUUACCUAAGCAUCUCAAAUACUGGGAUAACCAUUUUUCCUGACUUUACAUCCAUCAAUUCUCUUGAAUCAGAGUUUAUCUUGGAUAUCUGUGACAACCUGUAUCUAGUGGAAAUACCUCCAAAUGCUUUCACUGGAAUGACAAAAGAAUACGUCACAAUGAACCUGUACAACAACGGCAUCAGAGAAAUACACGACCACGCCUUCAACGGGACAAAGAUAGAUAAACUGGUAUUAAAGAAUAAUCGGAACCUCAGAGUGAUCCACAGAGAUGCUUUCAAAGGAGCCAUGGGCCCUGGAGUUUUGGACGUGUCUGCAACAGCUCUCGCAAAGUUACCGCCACAGGGACUGGAGUCAGUCCUGGUGCUGUUAGCUCAAUCAGCGUACGCCUUGAAGAGUCUGCCUCCUCUGCAGGGACUGUGGAGCCUACGAGAGGCCCACCUCACCUACAACAACCACUGCUGCGCUCUGCUGAGCUGGAACACCCACAGGGACUUUCCCAUUAAUUCUGCAUGGAAUAAUGGCUCUACAUAUUGUGAUGAGAGUGACCCAUCAGCAAGGGUCCAGCGUGUCAUCGGAGGCUCAGCAGACAACACCCUAGUUAUGGAUAUGCCAGUUUUCUCAGACGUUGAUCUGCUUGUGGAGGACGAAGUCUUCGGAAACGUGAAUUUCCAUUAUCCGGAGCUGGACGCCUGUCAGACCAGACCAGCUUUGGUUUGCACGCCUGAAGCAGAUGCUUUCAAUCCCUGUGAGGACAUAGCGGGAUUCAGUUUUCUCAGAGUUGCCAUUUGGUUCAUCAACAUACUGGCCAUCACAGGUAACCUGACGGUGCUCCUGGUCUUCUUCACCAGCCGGAACAAGCUGACGGUGCCUCGCUUCCUCAUGUGACACCUGGCUCUUGCAGACCUCUGCAUUGGGGUCUACCUUCUGAUGAUCGCUACCGUCGACUUGCGCACACGCGGUCACUACAGUCAGCAUGCCAUCGAAUGGCAGACAGGGCCUGGCUGUAGUGCUGCAGGCUUCCUGUCUGUGUUCGGUGGGGAGCUGUCAGUCUACACACUCUGCAGCAUCACCCUGGAGCGCUGGCACACCAUCACCAACGCUAUGCAGGUAGAGCGCCAUCUGGUGCUCACACAGGCGGCGAGUAUAAUGGCGGCCGGCUGGCUCAUCUGUCUGGGGAUGGGGAUGCUGCCCCUGGUCGGCGUGAGCAGUUACACCAAAGUCAGCAUGUGCUUACCCAUGGACAUCGAGACACCUCUGGCUCAGGCCUUCAUCAUAAUCAUCCUGCUCUUCAAUGUAGCCGCCUUUGUCGUCGUGUGUGUUUCUUACGUGCUGAUCUAUCUGGCUGUAAAGAAUCCUGACAUCCCCGGAAGAAGUGCAGACACCAAGAUUGCAAAGCGCAUGGCCGUGCUCAUCUUCACUGAUUUUCUCUGCAUGGUGCCCAUCUCCUUCUUUGCCAUCUCUGCUGCAUUCAAGGUUCCCCUCAUCACAGUCACCAACUCCAAGAUCCUGCUGGUCCUCUUCUUUCCCAUCAACUCUUGUGCCAACCCUUUCCUGUACACUAUCUUCACCAAGGCUUUCAGGAAGGACGCGUAUCAGCUCAUGAGCGCCAUGGGCUGCUGUAAAAGAAAGGCCAGUGUUUAUCGCAUGAAGGAGGUCUACUGCUGCGAAAAUGCAGUCAGGAGCAACUUGGGAUCCAAUAAUAAAGGAUCCGGCACAGGAAUGAGGCUGGCUGACAUGCCACAAGAGAGCCAUGACAUGUUGACUGGUCAUAACAGGAAAAUGACUAAUAGUAGGCCUAUAACUAAUAACAUUGAUGGUGGAUCUGUUGAGGAAUGAGUCCUAAAACCGGGAAAUGAGUGCAUAUUUGUACUUCCAGUACCCUCGUCUCAAAUUCGUUUUUUUUUUAAUGGGUUUUUGGUUAGAUGCCUGAUAUAAGGUCUGUGGUUAACACAAGCUCAAGAGAUUUUAACGUUUUGUUCUACGAUAUAAAAUACAUCAGUAAAUAUCCUACUCGUGAAUUUUGAAACCUCUUAAAAAAGGCGGUUGCUAACAAGUGGCUGAAUGAGACUACAAAACGUCAUCAUGACGACUCGUCCUCCUUUACUGCCUCGUUGUGUGUACUUGUGUUCGUGCGACUUGGUGUAGUUCGUUUUUAGCCUAACUUUAGCUUUUUACUUCUGGAGAUUGCAUUCACACUUCAAAAAUCAUAAAAGUGGUGUUCGUUUGUGGAGAUUAUCUUGCUGAACAAAACUUGUAAGUAUCAUAAACGUAUGUUUGCCACAGAGCUUAUUUUCUCCAAUAAUCC